UUGUUUACCCAUUUAGAGAAACGCAUUGAUCCUGUCAGCGGUAGAGUUUACUACGUCAAUCACAUAAACCGCACUACGCAGUGGGAGCACCCACUGCUACCUAGCGUUCCUGGUAUAAUGGAACAACCAUUGCCGACCGGAUGGGAAAUUGGUUUGACCGAAGAUGGUUUGCCAUUUUUUAUUGACCAUAACACCAGAAUGACGACGUAUAAUGAUCCUAGAACGGGAAAACCGCUUGAAACUCUUUCAUUAUUUGGCAAAUCCGUUAACAGCUUUAGUUGGAAGAUCAGCCAGUUCAAGUAUCUCUGCUUGUCAAAUAGUAUGCCAAAUCACGUGAAGAUUGUCAUUUCGCGGUCAAACCUCUUUGAAGAUUCGUUUGCCGAAAUCAUGCGCAAAAAUCCUAUCGACCUCCGACGUCGUUUGUACAUCCAAUUCAGGGGUGAAGAGGGCUUGGAUUAUGGUGGGCUCGCAAGGGAAUGGUUUUUCCUUUUGAGUCACGACGUUCUUAAUCCCAUGUAUUGCUUGUUUGAAUACGCCGGUAAAAACAAGUACAGUCUCCAGAUCAACCCAGCGUCGUUUGUCAACCCUGAUCACUUGAAAUAUUUUACGUUUAUCGGCCGUUUUAUAGCUAUGACUCAUGAGCUGAAGCCGAACGGUGCCUCAAUACGUGUGUGUGAGGCGAACAAAGAGGAAUAUAUAAAUUUGAUGACCGAAUGGCGCCUCAAUCGCGGGGUCGAAGAGCAAACCAAAGCUUUCUUUGCCGGUUUUAACUCUGUGUUUCCUCUCGAAUGGCUUCAAUACUUUGACGAACGAGAACUGGAACUUUUGCUUUGCGGUAUGCAAGAAAUCGAUGUCGAGGACUGGCAACGCAAUACGAUUUAUCGUGGUUAUAAUUCUUCCAGUAAACAGAUACAGUGGUUUUGGCAGUUCACCAGCACCCUUGACAGUGUAAAGCGUGCCCGACUACUUCAGUUUGUCACCGGAACGUGCAGAGUUCCUGUUGGUGGUUUUGCUGAAUUGAUGGGAAGCAACGGCCUUCAACUUUUCUGUAUCGAGAAAACUGGCAAGGAAAACUGGCUUCCGAGAAGUCACACGUGUUUUAACAGAUUGGAUCUUCCGCCUUACCGUUCCUAUGAGCAGCUGGCAGAAAAGUUGAAAAGAGCUAUUGAAGAAACGGAGGGAUUUGGAACUGAAUAGCU